UCGCUGAUUCGUCCGCCUGUCUCCCCUGGUGCCGUGCCGGGUUGGUUGUUGCCGUCCGGGCCGGUGAAAAGGUGGCGCCGCCCUGACAUGAUAUCAGCGGCACUCACGGGGUGAGGUGGUGAGUGGCGAGGGGAGCAGAAGAGAGGCAGUGCGCGCGCGCGCGUGCGUGAGCUCGUUUCGUCCGUCGAUGGGCUGGGCGCUGGCGCUGCACGGCGGCGCUGGGGACAUCCCGCGCUCGCUGCCGCCCGAGCGCAGGGAGCCCCGCCUCGCCACGCUCCGCCGCUGCCUUGACCUCGGCGCCGCCGCGCUCCGCGACGGGCGCCCCGCGCUCGACGUCGCCGAGCUCGUCGUGAGGGAGCUGGAGAACUGCCCGCACUUCAACGCCGGCAGGGGCUCCGUGCUGACCACCGACGGCACCGUCGAGAUGGAGGCCUGCGUCAUGGAGGGCGGCACCCUGCGCUGCGGCGCCGUCUCGGGCCUCUCCACUGUCGUCAACGCCGUCUCCCUCGCCAGGCUCGUCAUGGAGAAGACGCCGCACAUCUACCUCGCAUUCGACGGCGCCGAGGCAUUCGCCAGGGAGCAGGGGGUGGAGACCAAGGAUCCAAGCCACUUUAUCACAGAGGAUAACAUCGAGAGAUUGAGACAGGCAAAAGAAGCCAACAGGGUGCAGAUCGAUUACACCCAGCCGAUGAAAGGGCAGGAGGCACCCAAAGAAACCCAGGCCCCGAUGGACGACAAGACCGGCACGGUGGGCUGCGUGGCCGUCGACACCGCGGGCAACCUCGCGACGGCGACGUCCACAGGCGGGCUCGUGAACAAGAUGUCCGGCCGGAUCGGCGACACGCCCGUGGUGGGCGCGGGCACGUACGCCAACGCGCUGUGCGCGGUGUCGGCCACGGGCAAGGGAGAGGAGAUCAUCCGGCACACGGUGGCGCGUGAUGUUGCGGCCCUGAUGGAGCACCGGGACCUACCGCUGCGUGACGCCGCGGCGCGCGUGGUGGCGGGGGCGCCGCGCGGCACCGUGGGGCUGGUGGCCGUGUCCGCGGACGGGGAGGUGUGCAUGGUGCACAACACCACCGGCAUGUUCAGGGCGUGCGCCACCGAGGCCGGACACGCCGAGGUCGGCAUCUGGACGGAUGCUGAUGCCAAUGGCGAGAGUGUCAGCGUUGGACUGUAAACGUUGCGUGGUUUCUUUUCCUCUGUUGCCCAUUUUCGUGCCAUUGUCGGGCCAAUGCAUUCAGAACUUGCUUGGUUAAUUUGAUGUUUCAGUUUGUGUUUCGGAAAAACUUGAUUCGGUUUGGGGCUUUGUAGUGCAAGGAUGUUGAAUUGGUGACUGAUGGUGCCACUUUGAACCGA